AUGCAAAAUAAAUGCAUAUCUCAGCAAGCCCACAGCACAUGCCAAGGACUUCCCAAAGUUCCUGCAAAGCAAGUUUGCCCCAAAACCCCUAAUCAGCUGCCUCUCUGCAGGAACCGUGAUUUUUCCAACACAGAUUUUCCAACAGCCAGGUCUUUUUCCCUAGAUUGUCCGUCAGGGGAAGCAACUUCUUCACCAGGUGCAUAUUCUAGCAAAAAAGACACUUCCAGUGACAGUGGGAUUGAUCAGCCACAGAAGAUGCCAAACCUUGUCCCGGCAGCGCCUCCGUCACCACUGUUUCACAGUAAUGAUGCUACAAAUGCUACCCAGAGCUCUAAUGAGAAAGGGAUGAGAGCCCGUCGUCCAGCAGGGCUGAAAUUAUUUGUUAAAUCUCCCCAGCUUCUCCGAAAGAGCUCUACUGUGCCGGGGAAGCAGGAAAAGGACAGCAUCAAUGCAGCUUCCAAAAGCAAUGUGGGUGCAAGCAAGGGCAAGCAGGACGAAUCAAGGUGUACAAGCACCAGAGGAGCAAAGGACACUGAAUUAAAAGACUCCAAGUCUGACACUGAAAUAAAAGAUAAUUUUCCUGGGGGGCUUGGCACGGAUGCAGCGUCGCCGCAUUCACAUGAGAACUGCAGCACGGUGGUGGACAGAGGAGAUGGGUUAGAAAACAAGUUAGUGAAAAGAUCUCUUUCCUCUAGCAACAAGUCGCACUUGAAGCCGGCGCUGGGCAUGAACGGAGCGAAAGCACGAAGCCAGAGCUUCAGUGUUCACCUGGGGGAGAAGGCGUCUGCCCCGGGGACAGAGGGUGCCGGGAAGGUGCGGACCCAGAUUAUUACCAACACCUCGGACAGGGGAAAUUCUCUAACGAGGCAGAACUCGGCCRUGGAAGGACUUCAAAUCAGGGUUGUUCCCGGCUCAGCGGGGACAUCAGAGACUCUUUCAGCCGUUCCUAAAGCCACAGAAAGUUCUUAUUCUAGGCAAAGUUCUCUGGGAAAUGCAAGCAGCAGCAGCCAGCACGGAAGCCCGAGCAGGCUGCCAUUCAGAUCACCUCCAAGACUGGACUUGUUCCACAGCACUUCAAAAGGCGAGGGACACAAACCACUCGCUCAGAAAAAUGCCCGUGGUCUGUCCGUCCUGGGUGAGAAAAGCAGAGAAAGUUUCAAACACGAAGCUCUAAAUAAAAAAAGUGCUGUCCAAGCUGCAGAGCUGGAAUUCACGGUGUCAACUGCUGUCUCCUCUGAGCAAAUUUCAUCCUUUCAGAACAUGGAUGGGCUACGGUGUCCUCAGAAACUCGAAGCAAUGAAGUUGCAAAGACAGCAGAUGUCUUUGCAGUUAGCAGAAGCCUCCGAGAAGGUUACAGGUCCUUUGAGUUCCCCUGCUCUACAGCCUACAAUAGAGGAGAAAGUCAUGUUGUGCAUCCAGGAAAAUGUGCAGAAGGGGCAGGGGCAAAAAUCGCCCACUGCAGAGACUAAGCAAAAGACUGGGCCCUCCCUGGCAAGCUGGUUUGGCUUUCGCAAGAGUAAACUGCCAGCCCUGAGCAGCAGGAAAACCGACAUUCCUAAAGCCAAGCUGGAAAAAAAAGAAGCAAAAGUCUCUGGAUUUGGAAUUAAGCAGGCAAGAGUAGAGAAAAAAAAGGACAAAAAGAAAACUGACCAGCACUGUGAAAUAGAGAGUGAAGUUAGCAGGAAAGGAGACAGCACUGAUACUGUGGAUGAUGUUCUGAAGAGCAGAAAUCUGAGAACUUCCCAAGCCAUUCCUGGCUGUGAGCAGGCCAAGGGCUCCGGCCCGGCUGCCUACUCGCCAAAGGACAGCUUUAUGAGAGAGCUUUUGAACAGAGUUGAUAAGGAAGCAGCUCAGCAGACAGAAAGUGGAUCAAAUAAUGUUUCCUACAGGAGUGUGUCGAAGGGCAGCUCCCAGGGCUCCUCUCUUCACGACAACUCUAUCAUCUCUCAAGGAAUCCACAAGAAAAACAGCAAAACAAAAGCUGAUAUGGAAAUGCAGAACCAGACCCUGGCUAAAGUAGUCACAGAAAACCUGCAAGAAGAAGAGGAGGACACCAUGGCAAGGACUACAUGUCAGAGUCAUGUGAUAGGGUCUGGCUGCCAGAUGAGGACCCUGGACAGCGGGAUCGGCACCUUCCCGCUGCCGGACGCCGGGGCCCGUGCUGCCGGGCGCCACCUGGCCAGGCACGAGCCCGACGCGGACACGGACACGGACACGCUGGCGCCGCCGGAGCAGGUUCUGCUCCCCGCUCCUUUGGCAAAAGCCAAAACCCUCGAGCGGGAAGUGCCUUCRAGCACCAGGAGCCGGGAAGCGGCGGGAAGCGCCAUCAGUCACUCGACAUCGGAUCCAGCCAUGAGCGCCCAGGGCACCCGAGCUUUCCAGAGCCGCCUCCCCAAGCUGGCUUCCUCAGGAAUUGGUAACUUUGGAAAGCAAAAUAGACGGGAACCAAGCGCCGAGACUGCUGCCUCGUUCGAGCGUUAUGAAGAAACUGUGGAAAAUCGGGAGGCUCUUCCAGACUGGACCAGCAAGAAAACUACUAAAACACAGGACCGAGCUCCGAGGGUGUGCACUUACUCUGCCAGCAGCAGUGACACCGAGACAGAGCCAGACUAUGAAACAAAUUAUUUUAGAGCUGCAGGAGAGAAGUUAGCAGAGUUAACAAAGAGCAACAAACAAGCUGAUCAAGAGAAACAAAAUCAGAGAAAGUCUUUUCUGGGCAACCCCAUGUCAAUCUUGGAUUUAUACCAGCAUAGCCUCUAUGCCCAUUUUGGAGAGGAGGGACCCGAGCACUUAGCACGUUACAGUCUGAUUGAGCAGCUGAGUGGAGCUUCCAGUAAAGACAGCAAGGCCAAGGAGAGGCCCCAUAAAUCGAAGCAAACCGAAGAAACAAAAGGAGAUUCUCAGAAUAGACUAUCUAAAAUUUCCCUGGAGUCUCUCAAUAAAUUUAACAGCAAUAAUGUAUUUCUAUUAAAAAAGGAGAAGAACUGUCUGAACAAGGUUGAAGGACAAAAGGAAGAAAAUGGGAAGAAAGAAGAGGCUUCCUUAAAUAACUCGGAUCGGCAAGACGUGGACAAUUUGGAAUCCUUGAGUGAUUCCUUGUACGACAGCUUCUCCUCUUGCGCCAGCCAGGGCUCUAAUGAUGUAUAA